AGCAUUUUUUUAAUUAUCAAUUAAUAUAAUAACAAUCGUUACAAAAAAUGCAAAAUUUAAAUUUAAAAAACUAAAUGCAUGACAACAACAUUAAGUAAUGUUAUUGAUAUUUUACACUAUUAUAAUUGUCGAUCGUAAACCGCUUAAUAUUCCAAUUUACGCGAGAGGAAAAUAAAAAUGACGGAAAGUUUAAUAAAUGAAUGGUUAGUAGAUUGUGCAGAUGUCUCACCUUCAGAACUUCAUACUUUUGCUACUACUUUAUCACAAGAUAACGAAAUAGUCAGAGCUCUUUAUGUACUUUUGGAAGAACGUAGUAAAUAUAGUCAGCUGGUGGAUACAGUAUGUGAUCAGUUAUAUAAUUUUUAUCGGUCUCGAGAAACAGAAUUACAAAGAUUUACCUUACAAUUUUUACCAACAUUAGUAUAUAUUUAUUUAAAUUCUGCAGCUCAUGGUGAUAUUAAGAAUUGUCGGUCUGUAGAAACAUUAUUAAUUGGUCUAUACAAUUUGGAAAUAGUAGACAAAUCUGGUCAGCAGAAAACAAUUUCUUUCAGAUUACCUUCACUUGCCAUGAUAUCCAUAUUUCAUGAGCCUGUAAGUUUGGCACCUGCUUCUUUAACUGAGAGUGCAGUACGCAGAUUUGAAGAAUGUAAUACAAAACUUGUUAGUUGGGGUCCAUUGCAACAAGUUGAAACACUAAAUGCUCAAAAUAGAUUAAAAGUAAUGACUGCUCUUCUUUUUAUUUAUAAUCAACAACUUGGUUACAUAAGUAAAUUUGCAUUGGAGCAAUUAUGCAAAGUUGCUACUAAACUUGUCACUCAAGGAUUUAUGAAGCCGGGACACCAUCAACGAUCUUCGUAUGGAAGCGAGUCUAGUUUUGUUCCAAGGCUUUUACCGCGCAUACCUGUUUCCAGUCAAUUUCUUCUUGAAUUUUUACAUGCUGUAUACUUUGCUAUGUAUAAUGACUGUUGGUAUUUAGGAACACAAGCAGUAGAAGAUAUCCAUAAUCGAGCAUGUUAUGAAACAUAUCCAGAUGUUAUGCUAGUUACAAAUGCUAUACGUAAUUCUGCAACUACUGGAUCAUCAGGUCAACCUAGUGAUGGACCAAUAGGCAUUAGCGUUGCAUUAUCGCCGGCAACCGCAACUGCAACAGUAUCUAAAUCGAUGAUAACGAAUGCUUCGUUUCGAACUAAAAAGUUACCAGAUGAUAUACCAAUUCAAGAAACAAAGGAUGAUUCUGGAGGAGAAGGUAAAAGUAAUCUUGUAUCAAUCACAGAAGAAGAAUUGAUAGAGACAAAUAGAGUUGGCUCAAUGAGACAAUCGAAGGAUCAAAAGACUGCAUCUAAAAUUACAAAUUUUCCGGUACUUGGAAAAAAACCACGAGAAAAGGAUAGUAAAGUAAUUAAAAACAUUAGUGCUCUUGAAAAGGAAAAAAAACUUGGAUCUCAAGCAACUUCAAAGGAAAAUAUCAAAGGUAGUUCCUCAAUGUUAAAUAGUGAAUCAACAGAAAUUGAUGGAAAUAUUAAUGGAUGUUCAAUUAGGAAAAAAAAUAAUAGUAUAGAAAAUAAUUCAAUUACAGUAGAUAGUAACGUUUCUUUGAUUGAUAGCGAACGUCUUACGUUGAGUGGAGACUUAGAUAAUAUGGAAAAUUCUAUUACUUUAAGAACGCAUAAUGAAACUGAAUCAUUAACCUCAUCUAUUCAGAUUAGCUCUGUUUAAGUUAUUAUAACUAAGUUUUUAAAAUGGAAAAACAAAACUAGUAGUGGAUUACAUUGAACGAUAUAAUUUAUUAUUUAAUAUAUUUUUUCUUUUCUUA